GGGAGAGAGGGAGAGAGGGAGAGAGGGAGAGGGAGAGAGAGAGCGCGAGCUUGUCGUAGAGAAACCACCGACCUAACUAUCUUCGAUCAAACUCAACUCCUCUGUCUUUCUCUUCACGCAAACCCGGAAGGCAAAACCCUACAAAACCCCUAACACAACCAUCGUCAGCCGCAUCUCAAUAUUUCAUUUACCACCCCCACCACCACCACCACCACCAACCACUAUACACCCCCCCCCCAAAAAAAAAAGAACUAAACCAUGUGGUGCUUGUCGCCGAAAACCAUACUAUCGGCGGCCGCCUCACUCGCCGCCUCCGCAAUCCUGUUCAAAACGAUUGCAAACGACCUCAUCCCGGAAGCCUUCCAAAAGUACUUCUACUCCGGCCUCCAAAAGCUCUCCUCCCAACUCACCGUCGUUGUGGAGGAGCUCGACGGCCUGACCCCGAACCAGAUGUUCGAGGCGGCCAACCUCUACCUCGGCGCCAAGGUCUCCGCUGCUACGCGGAGGAUCAAAGUCAACAAGCCCGAAAAAGAGGAGCAGUUUCUGAUCACCAUUGAUAAGAAUCAAGGCAUCGUUGAUUCUUUCAACGGUGUAGAUUUCAAGUGGGUUUUGAUAAGCACCGAAAAACCGAACAGUAAACGUGGCGGCGAAAAUUCGCAGUCGGAGGUCCGACAGUUAGAGCUCAGCUUCCAUAAGAAGCACAGGGACAUGGUGCUGAGAUCUUACUUGCCCUACAUUCUACAGAAAUCCAAAGAAAUUAAAGAGGAGAGAAAGGUGGUGAAGCUUCACACGGUAGAUUACAAUGGCACGGAUUACUGGAGCUCCAUCAACCUUGAUCAUCCGGCGAGUUUCGAAACAAUGGCGAUGGAGCCGGAGAUGAAGGCGGCGUUGGUGGAGGACCUCGAGAGGUUUAGAAAGAGGAAGGAGUAUUAUAGGAGGGUAGGAAAGGCUUGGAAAAGAGGGUACUUGUUGUACGGACCGCCCGGCACGGGAAAGUCGAGCUUGGUUGCGGCCAUGGCUAAUUAUCUCAAGUUUGAUAUUUUUGACUUGGAUUUGAGGGAGGUUCAGUGCAAUUCUGAUCUGCGAAGGUUACUGAUCGGAACGAAGAGCCGGUCGAUAUUGGUGAUCGAGGACAUUGAUUGUUCAGUUGAGUUGCAGAACCGAGAUUCGGAGAACGAGCCCAACGCCGUGGAAGAUGACAAGAUCAGCCUCUCUGCUGUAUUGAACUUCAUCGACGGACUCUGGUCGACCUGUGGAGAGGAGAGAAUUGUCGUGUUUACGACGAAUCACAAGGACCGGCUUGAUCCAGCGUUGCUGCGACCUGGCCGGAUGGACCUGCACAUACACAUGUCCUACUGCACCUUCGGUGGUUUCAAGACAUUGGCAUAUAAUUACCUGCUGAUUCACGAGCACACACUUUUCGGAGAAAUUGAGAUGUUGCUCGACAGGGCACAAGCAACGCCUGCUGAAGUUGCCGGAGAGCUGAUGACGAGCGAUGAUGCUCAUGUUUCCCUUCAAGGUCUUAUCGAAUUCCUACGAGGAAAGACUGAUAGAACCUGAUGGGAGCAAAUACUUACCACCGCCUAUCGCUAUUGCGAUCGCAGAUGUAACAGACAUCAAUUUUUAAACACAUUCUGUGGUAACUUCUCCAUUCUAUAAAUAAAUUAUCGUCGAAGAGCAAUUGUAUGCACAAACAGAAAGUUCGAUAAAGAAGAACUCGAGAAAUGUUGUAUAAUACUUUACAUUACUCA